UAAUAAUAAUAAUAAUAAUAAAGAAUUAAAAGGAAGCAAAGGCUAAAAAAAGAGAGAAGGCAAACAAAAUCUGGAAGAGAUCUCUCGUAGGUCUCCUGCAUCACCAAUUCUUGCUCUCCCUUACACUGUACGCCCCUGUAGUUCGUUUCUUUUGUGGGUUCUGCCUUCGUGUGUGGGUUUUAAUAGGUUUCAACUAGACUAGUGGGGGCUCUGUUAUCUCUGUACGGAUCCUGAGAUGACCAUGAAUCCAAGGAACACCAUUGAUUUAGAACAAGGAUGGGAUUUUAUGCAAAAAGGGAUCACGAAGCUGAAAAACAUUCUAGAGGGACUGCCUGAACCACAGUUCAAUUCGGAGGACUACAUGAUGCUCUACACGACAAUAUAUAACAUGUGCACCCAAAAGCCCCCACAUGAUUAUUCUCAGCAACUGUAUGAUAAGUAUCGGGAGUCUUUUGAAGAAUACAUUACAUCAACAGUUCUGCCUUCUCUAAGGGACAAGCAUAGUGAAUAUAUGUUGAGGGAGCUUGUGAAAAGAUGGCAGAAUCAUAAAGUCAUGGUUCGAUGGCUUUCGAGAUUCUUUCACUAUCUUGAUCGGUACUUCAUCGCUAGAAGGUCACUUCCAGCUCUUUAUGAAGUUGGUCUGACAUGCUUCCGUGAGCUGGUAUAUCAAGAGUUAAACAGCAAAGCUAGGGAUGCUGUUAUAUCGUUGAUUGACCAAGAGAGGGAAGGAGAGCUGAUAGAUCGAGCCCUAUUGAAGAAUGUGCUAGAUAUUUUUGUUGAAAUUGGUAUGGGGCAGAUGACUUAUUAUGAGAAUGAUUUUGAAGAAGCAAUGUUGAAUGGCACAGCUGCUUACUAUUCACGGAAGGCUUCUAAAUGGAUCUUAGAUGAUUCAUGCCCUGACUAUAUGUCGAAAGCUGAGGAGUGUUUAAAACGUGAAAAGGAUAGGGUUUCUCAUUAUCUUCACUCCAGUAGUGAGACAAAGUUGCUUGAGGCAAUACAACAUGAAUUGUUGUCUGUUCAUGCCACCCAACUGUUAGAGAAGGAGCACUCAGGUUGUCAUGCUUUACUUAAAGAUGACAAGGUAGAGGAUUUGUCGAGGAUGUAUAGGCUCUUUUCUAAAAUACCCAGAGGCUUAGAACCCGUAGCCAAUAUCUUUAAGCAGCAUGUUACCAGUGAAGGUACUUACUUGGUUAAACAAGCGGAAGAUGCUGCAAGCAACAAGAAGGCUGAAAAGAAAGAUGUUGUCGGCUUGCAGGAACAGGUGUUUGUAAGAAAUGUUAUUGAGCUCCAUGACAAGUACAUGGCAUAUGUGAAUGACUGCUUUGUAAAUCACACUCUAUUCCACAAGGCUCUUAAGGAAGCUUUUGAAAUCUUCUGCAACAAGGGCGUUGCUGGAAAUUCCAGCGCCGAUCUUCUUGCGACGUUUUGUGAUAACAUUCUCAAGAAAGGUGGAAGUGAAAAAUUGAGUGACGAAGCUAUUGAAGAUACUCUGGAGAAGGUCGUUAAACUUCUUGCAUACAUCAGCGACAAGGAUUUAUUUGCAGAAUUUUACAGGAAGAAGCUUUCACGCCGCCUGUUGUUUGAUAAAAGUGCUAAUGACGAACAUGAAAGAAGUAUUCUGACAAAGUUGAAGCAGCAAUGUGGUGCCCAGUUUACUUCAAAAAUGGAGGGAAUGGUCACAGAUUUGGCUCUAGCUAGAGAGAAUCAAGUUAGCUUUGAGGAAUACCUCACCAAUAACUCACAUGCUAGUCCAGGCUUUGACUUGACAGUUACUGUCCUCACCACGGGUUUCUGGCCAACUUACAAGACAUAUGAUCUUAACCUGUCUGCUGAGAUGGUCAAGUGUGUCGAGGUAUUUAGGGAGUUCUACCAGACAAAAACAAAGCACAGGAAACUAACAUUCAUAUAUUCUUUGGGAACUUGUAUUGUGAAUGGAAAAUUCGAUCAGAAAACAAUAGAGCUAAAUGUGUCCACCUAUCAGGCGGCUGUCCUGUUGCUGUUCAACACCACGGACAAAUUGAGCUAUCGUGAGAUCAUGUCUCAGUUGAACUUACCCGAUGAUGACGUUAUCCGACUGCUACACUCGCUUUCAUGUGCCAAGCACAAGAUUCUGAACAAGGAGCCCAACACCCGAACGAUUUCUCCAUCUGAUGUUUUUGAAUUCAAUUCCAAGUUCACUGACAAGAUGAGGAGGAUUAGGAUUCCGUUGCCCCCAGUAGAUGAGAAAAAGAAGGUAAUAGAGGACGUUGACAAGGACAGACGUUAUGCCAUUGAUGCUUCAAUUGUGCGUAUCAUGAAGAGUAGGAAGGUCUUGGGCUACCAGCAGUUAGUUGCCGAGUGCAUGGAACAAUUGGGUCGCAUGUUCAAGCCCGAUGUCAAAGCGAUCAAGAAGAGGAUUGAGGAUUUGAUUACCCGCGAUUAUUUGGAGAGGGACAAGGACAACCCUAACCUAUUCAAAUACUUGGCUUGAUUCAUGCCAGCUGGCGAUUGAUUGUGCAAACUGGUCCUUAUAGCCCUGGGAGAAUGUGGGCUAGAAGCUUUGUAUAUUCUGCCUGGGUAUUUCUGGUUGUGUUUUGUACAUUUUUUGACAUUUAGGGGAGUUUGCCUUUAGAUUGGUUCGUGUUUUCGGGGAAAUGGAUGAUUUGUAUCUGUUUUUGAGCAGUGAAGACAAAAAUAGAGCCAACAAUAUGCUUCCUUUGGGCAUGUCCUUUAUACUUUUUUAACUGGGGUACUCUCUUUUUAUUGUUUUGCAAAUGUCAAGAUUCCAGUAAAAGCAGCCUCAUGUUUAGACUUUGAUUUUUCAUUAUUAUUUGUUUUCAUGGUCCUCCAAUUACUCGUGACAUUCGAUGCGGAAGCUUGAUUCGGUUCUUCUUUAUAUGGUGUCUCGUCAUACUUUAUUUUCAACUUGGAAAGCUUAAAAGGGUAGAACUU